AUGCAAGGCGUGCUUUCAAACGAAACUAUGAAACAGUUCACUGACGAUCUCGUGAGAGAGAAAACAUUCAACUGCCAGAUUUGCGAUGAACUUUGCACUUCCGAUAUUUUCCUGGUCAAAGGUAAAGGAAAUGUGUGUGGAAAAUGUUUUGAAGAAAAGUGCGGGGAGGAAAUGAAAUCGACGGCCGAAUUAAAUACUGCGCUCAUCCUAAUUAUAGCCAGGCUGAUAUUACCAUGCAAGUUUAAAUCCAAGGGAUGUCACAAGAGGGUGGCAUCCAAAAGUUACACCAAGCACAUUGGUGGUUGCGAUUUCAGAACUAAAUCUUGCCCCAUGAAAGGUCUUAAAGGUUGCGAAUGGAGUGGAAGCAGUUUUGAAGUAAGCCGGCAUUUAUUAAAAGCCCAUGAAGAGCAAGUUAUCAAAAGUGAAAACAACAUUUUUAAAGUUGAAACGUCACUAUCGAAACUCUUUAACGUGAAAAUAUUAUCCCACGAUUACCAGAACUGCCUGUUAAAGACUGCGAUUGUCGAUAACAAAUUGUAUUACGCUUUAAAUCCACUUGAAAAGAACGAAGAAAAUACGGAAUAUUCGGUGACCCACAAAAGUGUUGAAACACCGAAUCAUUCAGUGAUAAAAACCGUUGGUAUUCUCACUAAACUGAACGGUUUUUAUGAUGAAGAAAACCUGGAAAAAAACCCCAACGCGACUGUGGUAGACAUCUACUCAUUGAAAGAUCUUGCAGAUAAAGAUAAUAUAAUCUUGAACGAAUUUAAUUUAAACCCCAAAGGAAUAGAUGAGAAUAUGCUGAAGUUAUUGGAAUGUCCCAUAUGCAUGAGCACAAUGAGACCUCCAAAUAUAUCAGUGCAGUCGUGGACAUAGCAUUUGCAUCAUAUGCCGUGAAAAAGUAAGUGCAUGUCCAACAUGCAAAGGAUUAUGGAGCAAUGUUAGAAACUACUUUAUGGAAAAUUUUACAACCCAAGUAAAAUAUCCCUGUAAGUUCAAAAAAUCUGGGUGCAAAGAAAUUGGAGUUGUAGAUAAACUCAAGAAGCAUGAGGAAUUAUGUUUGUUGAAUAGAAAUAGGAAUGAAUCCGGAUCCAACAAAAUGGACAUUGAAUUAAGGAUGAUUAAAUAUAUGGGAGAGGGUUCUUUAAUAGGUUGCAGAUUUUAUAACUUUGGUUGUGAAGA